GUUUAUGCAGCAAUGCAAAACUUAGAUCCUGAAGGAUUGAUUGCAAGAGGAUCAAUAACAAACCGAAGACUAGGAGAAAGGCGCCAAUUUUAUUCAAAAGGCCCUAACUGGUUAAUAAAUGUUGACCAACAUGACAAGCUGAUGGGAUUUAGGAAACAAGAAUACCCACUUGGCAUACAUGCAGCAAUUGAUUCUUUUUCUCGGCGUGUACUUUGGCUGAAAGUUACACCAUCAAACAGCAACCCAAACCAUGUAGCUAGAUGGAUGUUGGAAUACCUGGAAGAGUUUCAUUUGAUUCCGAUUCGAACCAGGUCUGACCCUGGUAAUGAAAACAGCCUUCUUUCCCAGAUGCAGCGUUUUUUGAGGCGUAACCACAGAGACGGUUUGGCAGGAGAAAAAGCUCACAUUACAGGGUCAUCAACAACUAAUCAGCCAAUUGAAAGAUGGUGGCGUGAUUACAGAGAACGCAGCGGCCAGUAUUUUCGCGAUGAAGUGAAGGGUUUAAAAAAUGAUGGGCUAUACAAUCCGAGCAACAAUGCAGAAAGGGCCUGCCUUGCAUUGGUUUACAUACCAGUAAUCCAAGGCGAACUAAAUAAAUUUAGAAAUUGGUGGAACAGCCAUCGUAUUCGGUUGCAAGUUGGCACCGAUCGCCCAUCUGGCAUACCUGACCUGCUUUUCAAGUUUCCUGAGGCAUACGGUGCACAACAAUGUGGGCUGCCAACAGUUCCAGAAGAGUUGAGGUAUUUGCAAGGGAAAGCAUUUGCUCAGCCAGUGAGAGAUUUUGUUCCAGCAUGGUUCAGACAAGAGAGUGAAGACCUUUUCACAGAGCAUGGUAUGCAGCUGGACCACUCUACUGCACGAGCUGCAUAUAUCUUACUGAAACGAAACUUUGGUACACGAGAUGACCUAGCAGUGAUUUUGUAAUUUGAUGACUGAACUGUUUUGCUGGUUCUGAACUGUUUGUUUGAUCGAUUGUUGAUCUUGUUGUUUUCUGAACUGGUUCUGAAAUGUUUGAACUGAAGUUGAAACUGAUUUGCUGUAUAAGCACAUUAUUUACUCAUGUACGUGCCAAUCUCAAUAUUUAGGUUAAGGUUAGUGUCGGCCUCCCUCCAGGACUUGUGCAGCCAGUAUUUUCGCCCAGAUUUCCGAACUCCACAGGAACUAUUUCUGGGAAAAAUACAAAAUACAUUUGUGUAAUAAAACGCCCCAUGUGCCAUGACUGUUUACGGCAAUCUGUAUCAUUUUCAAACAGCUUUGUCGUUGCGCACAUAAAAUUAUAGUUUGCAUCCAUCAACACUUAAUUUAAUGUAUUGCUUGGGAAAUAAUGGAACGCAUGUUUUUAACCCAGAGGUUUCGAGUCGUAUGCAAAACAUACAGAAGACGUUUUACACCUUAUCACCUGUGAUAUAAUUAUUCAUGAAUAGCAUGCAUUUGGAAAUAUACCUGUCAGACCUGCAAGUCUGCAGUACUUGCUGCAACUAUGUUUUUCAGCAAAAUUUUUAAUUGCUUCUCUGUUCGCAUUUCCAACGCCAUACAACCUGUAAAAUGAUAAAAAAAAACAAAUAACGUUAGUUUGGUGAAGUUAAGAGCAAAAUGGUACAACAUAAAAUAGUAAUUAUAUUUUAUUGGGAUAAUGUUUGCAGAAAAAACUAAAAUGUUUACAAUUAGUAAAACAUACAUGUCGGUUCCAUCGUCGCACUCUGCGUGUACGAUCCAGGUAGCUAUUUCCGGGUCCGUUAUAUUCAUUCCACAUCCUAUUAAAUAAA